AAACUUCAACGCGAUGUUCUGGGAGGUGAUUAACUAUGCGCGAGGUAUUUCAUAGUGGCAUGAUGCCUUCUGUCAGGUGUGGUUUCACAGAGUCGUGGAACGAUUCUUCGGUGGACGCAAUGUGGGACCCUAACAACUCCAAAUCUGAGAAGGCGAAUGCAACUAAGGCGGCUGACUGCGGAUCGGUUUCGGUUGCGUUCCCCUUAACCAUGAUGAUCACGGGCAUUGUUGGCAAUUCGCUGGCGCUCUUGCUGGUUUACAACUCGUAUCGGAAGAAGGAAAACAAAAGGAAAAAGUCUUUUUUGCUUUGUAUAGGAUCUUUGGCAUUAACCGACCUAUUUGGACAACUUCUUACAAGCCCUAUAGUAAUAUCUGUCUAUCUAUCCAAUAGGCAGUGGGGUCGGAUAGACCCGUCGGGGAGGCUGUGCGCCUUCUUCGGGGUUUGCAUGACCAUGUUCGGACUGUGUCCUUUGUUUUUAGCUAGUACUAUGGCAGUCGAAAGGACAUUAGCCAUUAGAACCCCGCACUGGUAUUCAAACAACAUGCGAACAGCUGUCACUAAAAUGGCAUUAACUGGCAUUUGGGGUUGCUUAUUGCUGUUUGCCCUUCUCCCAAUAGUUGGAGUUGGGGAAUACACCUUGCAGUGGCCGGGGACGUGGUGCUUUAUCAGCACCGGUGACGGUCAGAUUACAGGAAAUACAUUUUUUGCUUCAACAUUUGCUAUUCUUGGCAUAUGUUCAUUAAUUGUGACUUUCGCUUGCAAUGCGGUAACUAUCAAAGCCCUAGUAUCUCGCUGUAAAGCGAAACCAGCGACUUCCCAGUCUGGCAAGCAGUGGGAGAGACUAACUGUGGAGACUGUCAUUCAGUUGAUGGGGAUUAUGUGCGUGCUUUUUGCCUGUUGGUCCCCCCUCCUGAUAAUGAUGCUGAAAAUGAUUUCAACACGGACAUCCUCCCACCAGUGCAGGCAAACAUCGUCCGGUUUAUUGCAAAACGUAGAACUGCAGAAGGAUUGUAAUUUCUUUCUCACCGCUAUCCGCCUGGCAUCUAUCAACCAAAUUCUGGACCCCUGGGUUUAUUUAUUGCUAAGGGAAAUACUUUUUAGGAAAUUCUGCCAGGUGGCAAAUGCUGUUUCAAGAUGCUCCAUGGAAGGGAACAAAGGGACCCCAAUAUCAGCAGAUGCAAAUCGACAAACAGCAGACAUCGGUAUGAUACAAAAACAAUGAAGAAUUGAGAUUUCUAUUUAAUUGUGAGAAUGUCAACAUAUUUUGAAGACUACUGCUGCUUUUAUUGUGUGAAUGUGAACACAAUGUUAAUUUUCUUUUUAUGCUGCUCAAUGUGUGCCAAAUGUACAGAGAUAAAAGUUUCCACUGAUCCAACUCCACCAAACUGAAACCUUUUUUAAAAUGUGAGUUUAAAGCCGUCACCUCAAGCAAAGCAUAUUUUAAAAACAAUUUUGGUUUGCUCAUUUGGGUAUUAUUUUAAUUUGGGUAUUAACUUACCUAAUCAGAAGUUGUGAUUUUAUUACAGACUGGGGCUCUUAUGGACGCAUUAUUUAAACUAUUAUACAGCACCUAGGAUCUGCAUCAUUGAUUAGGACAUAGCCUGUUAAUACUAUUGAAGAGACUGCAGCGAGCACAGCUCUUUGACUACUACAUUAUUCACUUAAGCUUAACAAGGUAUGAUAGGGAAUUUAAGAGCUUUUAAUUUCAUAGCAUUUGGUGGAAAAUGAUAAACUGAUUUAAUAUCUUAAGGGUACUGAUAUUUCCAAAUGCUGGAACUGCAGCAGUAUACUUACUACAGGACAACCAUUAACAUUGGCCUUUACACCUCAAUACCAAUUCCUUUUUAUAUAUAUAUAUAAGAAAGAUUGUCUGUCUGUCAAGAGAACAAGAGAGCGUUGGAGAGCUUAAACAAACACGAACACAAAGAAAAUGUAAGGUAAAUUUAAACUGCCAGGAACUGCUGUGCUACUUUAGCUGAAGAGACCAAUGAUUCGAUAAGCUCAUUAGCACGUUUAGACUCCAGUUAUUAAAUAUUUUAUACAGACAAAUCCACCGUGGUUGAUUUGAUUGGGUGAUGAUUUGUUUGCUUUGUACAGCAGACAUUUUCUAGAGGUGUUAGAAAUUAAUCUUCUGAACAAAGUGUACACCGAAAUUACAGGUUCCUUUAUGCGUUCGGACCCCGCAAACUUUGCAUGGCCACUUCUUUCAUCCAGGGGAAGGUCGAGGCUAAUGUUUGGAUCAAACAUUUUGACCCGCGGGGUACUUUAUUUAGUAACCCCAUUGCUGGAUCACUACAGUAGUCAUGUAUCUCAAAUUAAAGAA